UUUCAACGUCUACAGCCACUAUGAAUCUUUUAUACAUGGCACAUUUCUUUCCCUGCCUAUGGCUAAUAAGGGGCAGCCCAUGCAAAAGCAAUCCGACCACUAGUUAUGAUGCUAAGUUUGGCAUCAGUCUCUACAGAAUACUUGCAGAGAUAGAGGAUGGCUCCAACCUGAUCAUGUCUCCAGCAAGCAUCUCAUUGAGUCUUGUACUGCUGCAGAUUGGUGCCAGGGGGAACACGCUGGCACAGCUCGAGGGAACCACAGGAUCUAACAUCAACGAUGUUUGUUUCCAGGAUGUUUUAUCCCAAACCAUAGAUGACCUGGAGAACUCUAGUCACAGUGUUUGGCUCCAAGUCACUAAUACCCUGUUUAUCCAGAGUGGCUUCCAGCUUCUACCAGAAUUUACCAAGCAUGUCAGGCUAUGGUGCAACAGCAGCCUGCUUAAUAUCAACUUCACCAGCCAUCCCAGUUAUCACAAUGAUCUAAAUCAGACACAUUCUGGAUUCCAGCGGCAGACGCCAAGCAAAGGUGAGUUGAUCGAAAACAAAGAAGAGAUGGAGAAGGCCUUUUGGUUGCCUGCAAUGCCCCCCAUGACCAUUCUAAGCGCAGUAGAGUUCCAGGGUGCCUGGCAAAAACAGUUUCUUUUUGCUGAGACCAAAAAUCUGCCCUUCUACUUGGUCGAUGGCAGCACUGUCAAAGUGCCCAUGAUGUACCAGUCGACAGAGGUCAAGUUCGGACAGUUUUGUUUGCCGUCAGAUCAACGCUACUCUGUCCUUGAGCUGCCUUAUCUGGGUCAAUCUCUAAGCCUUUUGGUGGUUGUUCCAAGUGAAAGGAAGACAUCACUGUCACAGCUGGAGGCUCAACUGACCAGUCGCACCAUGGCAUUCUGGGAUACUGGACUGCGACACACCAAAAUGGAUAUUUUCUUCCCCAGGUUCAAGAUGCACUCUCGGUUUAACCUCAAGCCUGUCCUCCAGUCUCUUGGGAUCUCAGAUGCUUUUAAUCCCUCUACUGCAGAUUUCAGUGGCAUAUCAGACAGAGAGCGCCUCUAUGUUUCAGCGGCCAUGCAUGAAGCCUCAAUAGAGGUGAAGGAAGAAGGAACCAGAGCAGCAGCUGCCACAGCGAUGGUGCUGUUGAAAAGAUCUCGAGCUCCUGUGUUUAAAGCUGACCGGCCAUUCCUCUUUUUCCUACGGCAUGUAAACAAAGGUUCUUUACUGUUUAUUGGCCGAGUGCUGGAUCCAGUAGAACAGAUUCACUGAUCAUUAACGUUCCAUCUCCUUCCUCAUGGAUAAAUGGUCUCAAAGAAGUGGCUGCAUACUCUUAAAUAAUAAUAAGAAGGAUAUGUAUAUAUGUGUGUAAAUAAAUCUGUUUUUCAGCA